AUGCCCAGUCAAUUUGAUUCCCGCAUUGAACGAUCCGCUAACGCCAAAUUUCCGGCUGAAAAGGGUCGAUACCAUCUCUACGUCAUGUACUCGUGCCCCUACGCGUGUCGAGUGCUGGCAGCUCGCAACCUCAAGGGUCUUGAGGACAUGGUCGGUUUGUCGGUGACGCACCUAGUAGACCAGAGGACGAGACCAGACAACGAAAACGACCAGCACAUGGGCUGGACCUUCGUUGACCCGGAGAAAACACCAUCAGUGACAGGCAUGAACGACAUGCAUUACCCCACGACCGGAUGCAUUCCCGACACUGUUAACCAUGUCAAUUUCAUUCGCGACUUGUACGAGAUGGCCGAUCCAACGUCGCGCACGUUUUCGGUGCCGGUGCUGUGGGACAAGAAGAAGCGAACCAUUGUGUCUGACAGCUCGACAGACAUCGUGCGCAUGCUUGACUCGGCGUUCGAGGAGCUGGCGCCGUCCAAGUUUCAGCUGUACCCGGACGAGCUGGGAGGAGAAAUUGAUGCUAGCAACGAUGGAAUUGUGGCUGAGGUCAACAGGGGGUUCUUCACCCACGCGCUAGCGUCAACCACUGAGGUUGCCCAAAUCAGUUUGGCCAAAUUCUUCACCACCAUUGCCAAGCUCGACGAAAUGCUUGCUAGACAGCGAUACUUGGUCGGCAACACACUUACGGAAGCAGACGUGAGCAUGUUCCACACACUCAUUCGUUUCGAUCACAUACAGAAGAAAACCAACGAGCAGCAGUUGACGCAGUUUCAGAACAUCGUCGGCUACCUUCGCGAUAUUUACCAGACGCCUGGGAUCGCGAGCACAGUGAACUGGGAUCACAUGGAGUUUGCCAAGGUGAACCGCCUUCCGGAUGCCCCAGCCUCGGAGGGGCCUUUCGUGGAAUACAGCUCUCCUCACGAUCGGGCUGCGCUUGCGUGAAUCAGUCUGGACAAUGACUCGUAAUGAAACAGAGUUCACGAGAGGAGUUUAUAACAUAAAUACGG